AUGGCGUCCUGUCUCCCUCCAGAAACGCAAGAAAGGCAUUCAGUCUUCAGACUUCCUUUCUUAUCGUCUAACUUCAUCGAGCUUUUCUCUAGUUCACUCCGAUUGCCUGCAAAUCUCAAGCAUCUUCUAUUGAAUCCACCCUCUUCAACCCAAAAUGGCGAACUGGUCGUCACUUUUACUUCAAGCUUUAAUGCUAUCUGGAACGACGCUGGUAGUGGUACCACUAGGGACGGAGGUUUCUGGCACCCGAUUACCCAAGGCACCCUUCGGCCUCUGGGUAGUAUGGCUGUCGGGAACUUCAAGGAAUUGAACGGUCAGCGAGCGGCGCUCUUGAUUGGAGCAAAGUCUACCAGCAGCUCAAAUCCUCCUGUUAAAGCGCCUACCAGCUAUACUCAGCUUUGGGCGGACAAGGGCAGUGGAGCCAAGCUCAAUGGUUCCUUCUGGCGACCCAUAGCCGCGCCUGGCUAUAUAGCUAUGGGGGAUGUGGUCCAAUCAGGCUACACGACGCCCUCGACCAGCAAGGUGUGGUGUCUUCGGUCCGACCUUGUUGCUGACGGCCAGUACGCGGAUGAGAGUGUCUAA